AUGUUCAAUUCUCAAGUGCCAGGACUAAAAGCUAAACGAAUAUAUGUGUUUCUUUGUUGCUUUCUUCAAUAUGCUAUGUUACACUCAUGUCGUUCUACUUGGAGUUACACUACUGGAAUAUUGACAUCUAAAGAGGAUCAUUAAUAUGACGAUUAAAAAAUAGAUGAUUUUGAUAAGAAUUAUUUGGCUGACGUUAACUUUGCAUUUCUAUUUACAUACGGAUCAUCAAUGUUAUUGUAAUUAAUCUCAUUCAUCAAAGCUUAGGGUAAAUAGGAGACAGAAUAGGACCUAAAAGAUUCAUGUUAAUUGGUACUUUUAUGACUGGAAUUAUUUAAUUAUUGAUUGCAGUAUUGUUUGAAGUUGAAAGACAUAAUAGAUGGUUAGUUUUGAUGUUAAUGAUAUUAAAUGGAUUGGCAUAAGCUCCAGUUUGGCCAGGUUUAAUGGCCAUAAUGAAUAAUUGGUAAAGCAAACCAAAAAAAGUUAUUGUUAUGGGAUAUUUUACAGCAUGUACAAAUAUAGGAAAUAUUUUUGGGGAUUUAUUUGCAUAAAUACUUAUAGAAUAAUUUAAUUUUAGAGUCAUAUCUCCUAUCUAUGUUGCUGCUAUUGGAGUUAUAUUAAUGUCAAUCAUAAAUAUUUUUACUAUUCCAACUGAUUCAGCUAAAGAAUAUAUUGCAUCAUUUCGAAAUCCUCAUACAAAAUCACUUGUUUAUAAAUAGGCACAUGCAGAAUAUUUGAGUAGAGCAGGAUCAAGAACUGGUUCAGUAGUAUCUAAUUAAGAUUUAGAUAUUUCAAAAAGCAAUAUCGAUCAAUCCCUUUUAACAGUAGCUAGAAAUACAAUAGGAGAACCACAAUUAUAACCUAAAAAACCUAAGAAAGACAGUAUUAAUAUGUUUUCUGCAUGGAAAUUACCCAAUGUGGCACUCUAUGCUUUUGCUUUUGGAUGCAUCAAAGCAGUAUUUUAUAUAUUAGCAUUUUGGCUUCCUAAUUAUUUAAAUGAUUAACAUUUGAAACAUGUCUCACUUAUAACUUAGAUGAUAGAAUGGGGAACAAUCCCAGGAGGUAUUCUAAUUUGGUAUUUCUAUAUUUUCUAUAUAGUUAUGCUGGAGUUUAUUGGAAUAUUAGAGCAAUUCUUAUAGUACCCAUUCUUUGGAUAGGUACAGUUGUGAUGAUUUGUAUCGAUCAAUUGCAAAAAAUUAAGAGUCAUAAUUCAGACUAUUUAUAUUAUAUUUUAGUGUUUCUAACUGGUUUAUUGAUUGGAGGAGUAUAUAACAAUAUUUCUGGAGCUAUUGUAAUUGAACUAAGUAAUAUGAAAGAAUUGAAAGGUUAAAUUUAUAUUAAAUUCUCUUAGGUAAUAAGAAAUCAACUGCAACAGUUACAUCUGUUGUUAUGGGAUAUGGUGCUACAUUUGCUGCUCUUAAUUAACUUAUUGUUCCACAAUUGGAAAAGAAAAUAUUUUUGUAUUGUGGAUUGAAUGCUAUAAUUGCAGGAAUGUUUCUUAUUCCAUUAAUUAUAAAUGAAUAUAAAAGACUGAAAGAAAAGAAGAGAAAUGUCGAAGAUUAAUGA